AUGGCCAUGGCCGCAGACUCGGCGAAAACAUCCGACAUUUCAGCCCAUGAUGAGGACAAGACGCUCCCAGCUUCGGCGCUGAUGCCCCCUGCUGCUGCUGUGGCCGACGACGUUCCCAAUGGAGGUGCCCAGGCUUGGCUACACGUUCUUGGGGCUUUCAUGCUCUACUUCAACACCUGGGGUAUUCUCAACACGUUUGGGGCCUUUCAAACCUUCUACAGCUCUGGCACCCUGUUUGUCCAGACUUCAUCCAACAUCUCGUGGAUUGGCUCUAUCCAAGCUUUUCUGGUCCUCUUCACGGGCUUUCUGUCGGGACCAAUUUAUGACCAAGGCUACCUGCGUGCCCUGCUGCUGGUCGGCUCAUUUCUCAUCGUCUUUGGGAAUAUGAUGCUGAGUCUAGCCACUGAUUAUCCGCAGGUGCUCUUGGCCCAAGGCGUUUGUGUUGGGCUCGGUUCGGGUCUUAUUUAUGUGCCUGCUGUUGCAGUUUUGCCCACCUAUUUCAACACGCGACUGGGUCUCGCCAUCGGUCUUGCAGCCUCUGGAUCAAGUAUUGGCGGCAUCAUCUAUCCUGUCGUUUUCUACAAGCUCAUUAAUCAGAUCGGCUUCAGCUGGAGCGUACGCGUCGUCGGCUUCAUAGCCUUGGCCACCCUCAUCAUCCCAAACCUAGUCAUGAAGAUGCGUGUCAAGCCGCCCAAGGCGCGUGCGCUGCUCGACACUUCUGCUCUAUCCGACUGGCCGUUCCUCAUUUUCACCUCGGCCACGCUGAUUGGUUUCAUGGGUCUCUAUACUAUGUUCUUCUAUCUGUCCUACUACACCAAGGCCAGGCACAUCACAUCGACAGCUUUGUCGUUUUACCUCGUGCCGAUCCUCAACGCAGCCUCGAUCCUCGGGCGCGUCCUUCCCAAUGCCGUCUCCGACAAAAUCGGCGCUUUCAAUCUCAUCGGUCCUGGUGCUGUCAUUGUUAGUGUCAUUAUUUUCGGCAUGCUUGGCGCAAAGUCCGUUGCAAGUGUUGUCAUCCUUGCUAUUCUCUUUGGAUUCUUUUCCGGUAUAUUCAUCGCCCUGCCUCCAGUCUGCAUUGUCCGACUCACGAAAGACCGCGCCAAUAUCGGCACGCGAAUGGGCAUGGCGUUUGGCAUCAUCGGUCUGGGCGUCUUUGUUGGUGGACCUGGCGGUGGUGCGAUACUUGCUAGUGGCGGCGGCGACAAUUUCAACGGCCUCUGGGUCUUCGGUGGCGCCGCGUCGCUGGUUUCUAGCGUCCUGUUUAUGGUGGUCAGAGCUUGGAAAGCUGGCUGCAAAAUGAUCAAAGUAUAG